AUGGGUCUACUUGAACAGGCGCGAAGACACGCCGAGACUUACGGACCAGAGGCGGCGCGACAUGUAGCAUCUGCUGCAGACAAGGCAUGGACACACGGUAGCGCUUUCGGUCAAGAAGUAGCAAAACGUGCUGGUCCAGCCGCUGCAGAUGCAAAAACUCAUCUUGACAGACUCAGCAAAGAAGCUGGCAAGCAUGCUGCUCCUAUCGCCAGCAGUGCCUCGAAGCAUGCUAUGGAACUCGCCCGAGCCGCUUACAACAGCGGCAAACAAGGUCUACAGUCCCUACCGCAACUCCCAGACGGAUACAUCAACGAGGAAUACGACUGGAACUUCAUUGCACAGUUUGGUGAAGACAUGGCGAAGCAGCUUGGCACUACAGCGGGUGAUUUCUGGGACAAGUUAAGCAGCGGCGACAUCCUCCAUGACAUUGGUCAGGCGGCUAUCCCUAACAUUGACUUCACCAAGGAAGAUCUCUCAGGUUUCAGCGAGAGGCUCAAAGAAUGGGUUCUUGCCAACCCUAAACAGUUUUCUACGUUGCUGGCCUGUAUUGCUUCUGGCCCCAUCGCUCUUGCUGUCACACCAGCCAUGCUAGGCCUUGUGGGCUUCACACCUAUCGGUAUCGCCGCUGGCUCCAUGGCGUCUGCAUUCCAGGCAGGCGUCGCUCCCAUCGCUGCGGGCAGUGCUUUCGCCGUCCUUACCAGUGCUGCGAUGGGAGGAUAUGGGCUUGUUAUCGUCCAAGCGUUUGCUGUAGGCUCGAGUAUGACAGGAUCUUGUGGCAUCGCAGCUCUGGCGUUCUUGAAAGCUUUCAAGGAGGACCAACAGUGUGAAAAGCCGAAGGCCGAGUAG